GUUUUGAUUCUAUCCUCCUCCUUAUCAAACAAAGAAAAAUUUUUUUUUCUUUUUUUUAUUUCUUUUUUAAUAAUAUUUUUAUAUCUAUUUCUUAACCAGAAAUUUAUUUUUAUUUAUUAAAAAGAACAAAGGAAUUUACUUGUAUUCGUGCCACAUAAAAAAAAUUUAUCUAUUUUUAUUCUUUAUUGUUAAGAACUUUGAAAAACGCACAGACUUACGAUUAUCUGCACGCACGUGUUUUUGUACAUUAUAAAAAACGCCAACUUUAUUUAUACAAAAGCCUUUUCUUACGAUAUAUCUAUUAUUAUUAUAUCUAUUAUUUUUCUUUAAACUUCAUUUUUUUUCCCUUAAACAAUGGAUAUUUUGGAACUUAUUCACAUGGAAUCUCAAUAUAGCGAAAGCCGCCCAUUCCGAUGCACUUGGGAAGGAUGCACGAAAGCAUUUUCAAGAAGGUCUGACCUAGCUCGACAUGGGCGUAUUCACACAAAUGAAAGACCUUUUGCUUGUAACGAGCCUGGUUGCGGAAAAUCUUUUAUCCAGAGAUCCGCCCUUACCGUUCAUAUGAGAACUCAUUCAGGAGAACGUCCACAUGUUUGUGAACAUCCUGAUUGUAAUAAAUCGUUUAGCGAUAGUUCUUCAUUAGCUAGACAUCGACGUAUUCAUACCGGAAAACGUCCUUACAAGUGCGGUUUUGAAAAUUGUGGAAAAAGCUUUUGUCGUAAAACAAACUUGACGCGACAUCAUCGAAGAACUCAUUUGAUGGCUUUGAAAACUGAAAGACCUUUCAUAUGGCGUACUCCAAUUGAUAAUUCUAAUAUUUCAAUUUCCGAUCAGUUUUAUCAUCCGUAUCUUUCUACUCCUAUUGGACCCAUGUUAUCUCCAGGUUCAUUAUUAUCAUCUCUAACUUCUUCUGGUUCUACUUAUUCAACAACUGGUUCAUCACCAAGUUCUCCAACCAUUCCAACAAUUUAUGCUCCUCAACCAGUAUUACCAACUCCUCAAGUUGGUUCUUAUUAUUCCAAUGUUAUCGGAUUACCAGCCUAUGAUAAUAAUGGAUAUACGUCACCAACCACUUUAUCUUCAGCUACGUCAUCACCGAGUCCUCCAGAAACACCAAUUUUACCAAAUGUACCUAUUCAUUGUAUGAGCGAAUGUCCUUGUUGUUGGCAAAAUCAUUUCUUACAAUGGCAAAUUCAACAAGUACAACAAGUACUCAAACAAAAUUCAUCAAGAUUUCAAUAUAAUCAAAAUGAUGUUGGUAAUGUUGGUACAAAUUUUAUUCCUUGUAAUUAAAAAAGGAAUUUCAGGAGUUUAGUAAUUAACGAGGUUAAAUAAGGGUUGGAUUAAUUAUUUGUAUUAUUUAAUUGUAAAAUAGGAUAUAACUUACUUUGAUUAUUGAGUUGUGGGUUAACGGAUUAUUUGAUUAUGAGUUGACAGACUUUGAGUUGAUGGGUUAUUUUGAUUUUUAGUUGAGUUUGCGGAUUAUUUUGGACUUUUGAGUUGGCGGAUUAUUUAUUUGUUGACGAUUUUGAGUUGGCGGAUUAUUUAUUUGCUGACGAUUUUGAGUUGGCGGAUUAUU